CCUUCAGGAGCAGAGAGCCCAGAAGCGGGGAGAAGUUGGAGAGGUUAGGCAGGGGGGUGUUGGAAGAAACUGCGGACAGACCCUCGCCCUGGUAGGCUAAGCCCCCGAGGAGUGUUUCUGCCGCGUCCGGGCCGUGUGUGGACGCGCCGCGCGCGGCCCCGCCAGGGCUGGGAGUUUGUAGACCGUCCCUGCCGCGGCCCGCUCGGCGGCGGCCCUGCGGCUCCGGCGGCAGCCGCGGCGGCCCCGGGCGCGAUCCAACCCAGGUAGCCGCGCCGCAGGCUCGGGGCGCCGCGACCCCGUGCCCCGCCGUGUCGUGGGCCCCGCGGGGACAGCGGCUGGCGGGAGCUCCCUGCUGCUACUGCUGCUGCUCAACAAGGAGGAGUGAUUACGGUUCUGAAGUGAGCAUUGGAGGAGGAUCCAUUAGGCCAUCAGAAUGGAAAUGAGGAAAGGAAAUCAGCUGACGCAGGAGCCGGAGUGAGACCGACGUGCCCACAAACCCAGCCUGCACCAUGAACUUGUGUCUCCCUUCUGCGCUUUAAGAGCCAAGGGCAGGUGAAGUUGCUGGAGAGCAAUGGCUUUCUUUACUCCGUGGAAGUUGUCCUCUCAGAAGCUGGGCUUUUUCCUUGUGACUUUUGGCUUUAUCUGGGGUAUGAUGCUCCUGCAUUUUACCAUCCAGCAGCGAACUCAGCCUGAGAGCAGCUCCAUGCUGCGUGAGCAGAUCUUGGACCUCAGCAAGAGGUACAUCAAGGCACUGGCAGAAGAAAACCGGAAUGUGGUGGAUGGGCCAUACGCCGGUGUCAUGACAGCUUACGAUCUGAAGAAGACACUUGCUGUGCUUUUGGAUAAUAUCUUGCAGCGCAUUGGCAAGUUAGAGUCAAAGGUGGACAAUCUUGUAAUCAAUGGCACAGGAACAAACUCGACCAACUCCACCACGGCUGUUCCCAGCUUGGUAGCACUUGAGAAAAUUAAUGUGGCAGAUAUCAUUAAUGGAGCUCAAGAAAAAUGUGUAUUGCCUCCUAUGGAUGGCUACCCCCACUGCGAGGGGAAAAUCAAGUGGAUGAAAGAUAUGUGGCACUCGGAUCCCUGCUACGCAGACUACGGAGUGGAUGGGUCCACCUGCUCUUUCUUUAUUUACCUCAGUGAGGUUGAAAACUGGUGUCCUCAUUUACCUUGGAGAGCAAAAAAUCCCUAUGAAGAAGCUGAUCAUAAUUCAUUGGCGGAAAUCCGUACAGAUUUUAAUAUUCUCUACAGCAUGAUGAAAAAGCAUGAAGAAUUCCGGUGGAUGAGACUCCGGAUCCGGCGAAUGGCUGAUGCAUGGAUCCAAGCAAUCAAGUCCCUGGCAGAAAAGCAGAAUCUUGAAAAGAGAAAGCGGAAGAAAGUCCUUGUUCACCUGGGACUCCUGACUAAGGAAUCUGGAUUUAAGAUAGCAGAGACAGCUUUCAGUGGUGGCCCUCUUGGUGAAUUAGUUCAGUGGAGUGAUUUAAUUACAUCUCUGUACUUACUGGGCCAUGACAUUAGGAUUUCAGCUUCACUGGCUGAGCUCAAGGAAAUAAUGAAGAAGGUUGUAGGAAACCGAUCUGGCUGCCCAACUGUAGGAGACAGAAUCGUUGAGCUCAUUUAUAUUGAUAUUGUGGGACUUGCUCAAUUCAAGAAAACUCUUGGACCAUCCUGGGUUCACUACCAGUGCAUGCUCCGAGUCCUGGACUCAUUUGGCACGGAGCCAGAGUUCAACCAUGCUAACUAUGCCCAGUCUAAAGGCCACAAGACGCCCUGGGGCAAAUGGAAUCUGAACCCACAGCAGUUUUAUACCAUGUUCCCUCAUACCCCAGACAACAGCUUUCUGGGAUUUGUGGUUGAGCAGCAUCUAAACUCCAGCGAUAUCCACCACAUUAACGAAAUCAAAAGGCAGAACCAGUCCCUUGUGUAUGGCAAAGUGGAUAGCUUCUGGAAGAAUAAGAAAAUCUACUUGGACAUUAUUCACACGUACAUGGAAGUGCAUGCGACCGUUUAUGGCUCCAGCACGAAGAAUAUUCCCAGUUAUGUGAAAAACCAUGGCAUCCUAAGUGGGCGGGACCUACAGUUUCUUCUCCGAGAAACCAAGUUGUUUGUUGGACUCGGGUUCCCUUAUGAGGGCCCAGCUCCCCUGGAGGCCAUCGCAAAUGGAUGUGCUUUUCUGAAUCCCAAGUUCAGCCCACCCAAAAGCAGCAAAAACACAGACUUUUUCAUUGGCAAGCCAACACUGAGAGAGCUGACAUCCCAGCAUCCGUAUGCUGAAGUGUUCAUUGGCCGGCCCCAUGUUUGGACGGUUGACCUCAGCAAUCAGGAGGAAGUGGAAGAUGCCGUGAAAGCAAUUUUAAGUCAAAAGAUUGAGCCAUACAUGCCAUAUGAAUUCACAUGUGAGGGGAUGUUGCAGAGAAUCAAUGCUUUCAUUGAAAAACAGGAUUUCUGCCAUGGGCAGGUGAUGUGGCCGCCCCUCAGUGCCCUGCAGGUGAAGCUCGCCGAGCCCGGACAGUCCUGCAAACAGGUGUGCCAGGAGAACCAGCUCAUCUGCGAACCUUCCUUCUUCCAGCAUCUCAACAAGGACAAAGACAUGCUGAAAUAUGAGGUGAUCUGCCAAAGCUCAGAGCUGGCCAAGGACAUCUUGGUGCCCUCCUUCGACCCCAAGAACAAGCACUGUGUGUUUCAAGGUGACCUCCUGCUGUUCAGCUGUGCGGGCGCCCACCCCAGGCACCAGAGGGUCUGCCCCUGCCGGGACUUCAUCAAGGGCCAGGUGGCUCUCUGUAAAGACUGUCUAUAGCGGCCACUGACUCGGCCCCACACGCACUCUGCUGGGGAAACGGUGGCCCCAACACCAUCGGGGCAGGGCCAGGGGGCAGACGUCAUUCAGGGACUCUCGCCAGAGCCUGAACUUGAUGGUGGAAGGUUUCAAUUUGGUAUUGCUCCUUCUGCGGUCAGAGCACCAUGGCAGAGUUUUCCCCAGAGUGAAACAGGAGCAGAUGUCAAGUGGGGAGCCUGGCUUCUCGCUGGCACAACUUCAUUUUUUAUUUCUUGAGGAGACUGUGUCUAUGAGGCUGCUCCAAGGUAGAAGGAGAGUCUCAAGAUGCAUUUAAAACAGAACCAGAGGAGGAAUGGAGCUUGUCGGAAAGAACUUGAUACGGGAACAUUCCUAAACCCAUUA